AGUUCUACUUCCGGAAGAAGCCGACGAGGACUCAUGAGCGCCGAGACACAAGACUUGAGGAUGAAACAAACCUGAGGCUGAAAUAAUUUGGUUUGUGUGGUGGUUUGAACUUCGAGAGUGUGAGUUCACGACAUAAGGGACUGCCAAAGAGAAGAAACAAGAAGAGGGUGUUUCUGCAGAGUCCAGUCCGCUGUGCUUGUUGAUAUUUUUCUACUGUAAUAUAAUCUCUACACGCACAACUUUGAGGCACCUGCUGUGUGAAGUUACUUCCUGCGGUUGGGUGGCAGUGAAUUAACGCGAGGAGCUAAAGAGAUGGACCAGAACAACAGUAUACCACCCUUCCAGGGGCUGGCCUCCCCUCAGGGUGCCAUGACCCCAGGCAUGCCAAUCUUCAGUCCUAUGAUGCCGUAUGGCUCAGGUCUGACGCCCCAGCCCGUCCAGAACACCAACAGUUUGUCUAUACUGGAGGAACAGCAGAGGCAGCAGCAGCAGCAGCAGCAGCAGCAGCAGCAGCAACAGGCACAGCAGACAAAUGCAGGCCUUCCUGGAACGUCGGGGCAGACCCCUCAGCUUUACCACUCGCAGACAGUUGCAGGCUCGACCACCACAGCGCUACCCGGGAACACCCCGCUCUACAACAACACCCCGCUGACACCCAUGACCCCUAUCACACCGGCCACACCAGCCUCGGAGAGCUCUGGAAUAGUACCGCAGCUACAAAACAUAGUUUCUACUGUAAAUCUGGGCUGUAAACUGGACUUGAAGACCAUCGCCCUGAGAGCCAGGAAUGCAGAGUACAACCCAAAGCGUUUUGCUGCGGUCAUUAUGAGAAUACGAGAACCCAGGACCACUGCUCUCAUCUUCAGCUCUGGGAAGAUGGUCUGCACUGGAGCCAAGAGUGAGGAGCAAUCGAGGUUAGCUGCCAGAAAAUACGCCCGUGUGGUGCAGAAGCUCGGUUUUCCUGCAAAGUUCCUGGACUUCAAGAUUCAGAACAUGGUGGGAAGCUGUGAUGUAAAGUUCCCCAUUCGGCUGGAAGGAUUAGUCCUCACACAUCAGCAGUUUAGCAGCUAUGAACCGGAGUUGUUUCCAGGACUGAUUUACAGAAUGAUCAAACCCAGAAUCGUCCUGCUCAUCUUUGUUUCUGGGAAAGUUGUACUCACAGGUGCCAAGGUGAGAGCAGAGAUCUACGAAGCGUUUGAAAAUAUUUAUCCCAUCCUGAAAGGCUUCCGCAAGACAACGUAGAACCUGCAGCUCCUUCUUUUACCUUAUCUCCCAAACCCCGACUUUUUUUUUUUUUUUUUACAGAUUUUUCUUCUUUUUUUUUUUUUAUUCACAAGAAGUGUCAACUAUAUGUUGACCUCUAAAAGUGGACUGCUGUUGUACAGGGAUGCGAGUCAUCAUUGUUUUUCUGGGUUUUGUCCCUCCAGUUUUUUUAUUUAAUUUUCUUGCCGUGCUUUGAUCACAAGUCGGCUUUUUCUGUUGUCUUGAUCCCAUCCCUGAUUGUACAUAAGACUGUAAAGAAAUGUAAAAAGCGCUUGUUAGAAGAGAAGCAGUCUGAUAAGGACUGUUUUUUGUUUUUAUUUCAUGCCAUUUUAAAUAGUUUUGUACUCGACAUUUUUAUAAAUCGUUCACUCAGUCCCCAAAUUGUAUCAAGACAUGUUGGGGUCUGUCAGACCCACAUUCCUAUUAACAGUAUUUGUUAAGAUUUUAGUGGAGUGGCUGUUAAUCUCAAACCAAAUCAGUGUCUUUUACAUUCAAAACAAUUGGAUCUUGGUCCUAAUUUCAUAAGUGCUGUAAGUUGAUUCCCUCUAAAUUCAAACAUUUUGACAUGAAGUCCAGUCUGUUAAGCAGUAGCUGAAAGUGGAUGCUCUUAAAUUUUAAAUAAGUUAAAUAAGUCCUGCUGCUAAAGUUGUUGGUUAGUUCUUUGAGAUGUGUGUCACUUGGUCUGGGUUCCUAAAACAUUUGUACUUAUGAAUCAACCAGAAUCGGCCUCUACUUUUACUUCUCGCUUGCAUUCACGAGCACUAAAAUAUGGCAUAUUAACUGCAUUGUGUUGCCAUAUUUUUUUUUGGACAUUCAAAAAUAUAUUAUGUUUUCUUUUAAAUAAUUAUUAUAGGAAAAUGUGAAUCUGCUGGUUGUUGAAAUUGCUGGCACUUCUUGGUGAACUGGUUCCUGGUGACCGUCCGUUUCACCAUGCGUGUCUGCCACCUGACGUCUGUAUGGGCAGCAGAAUGGCAAAAGAGUUAAAGAAUCAAUACUAAACUACAUCUAGUACAUUUAAUCCUUUGCUCUGUGAUUCUGAGUUUAGCAGCGGACAAGCAGGAGACCAGGAAGCCCUGUCCCAUCUCGAUGCAAUUCUGCUUCUGAAAUUGUUAAUGUGCUGCACUGUGCAUUAAUAAAUGUGUACAUACUGGC